AUGGCUAGUAUAAGCGAUGACGAUGAAGCUGGUGAUAAACCUUCCUUUCUUCCUUUUGUGAGGAAAAAAGACACAUGGCCAUCGUCUGAUCAAGACAUUGUUCCUCAUCUAAUUAAUUUGCAAAAAUUCGAUGGUUUGUGGAUUCUCAGCGAUGAAGAGAUUCAAAAACUUUGUAAAAAGCCGUUAUCGUCGUUUCACCCAGAUACCAGCACUGACCCGAUCGUUUUGACAUCAGCGUUAGUCAUUGCUGUUUUGGAAACAAAAUUCGUUUUGUUCAAACCAAUGUGGUCAUUUAUUGUCAAUAAAGGACGAAAACGCUUAACGGAACUACUUGGUGAUACUCAAAAACUUGAACAAUUGAUGGAAUCAGAAAACGUAUCUAACUCGAUUCAAUUAACUGAAAUAAACGACCUUUUUAGCUAG